AUGUCGGCGGCCUCCACGCGAAGUUCGGUGACGAGGAAAUCAUCGCUAUCAAAAAGUUCUAGUUCAGACAAAUCGGCAAAGUCCUCGACGAAUUCCUCGAAAUCCCCGACAGCCGCCAGUGGAAACAAACAGAAAAUGCAGUACACAAAAACCAGGGAGCGCAUGGUCGAUGAUGUUCCACUGCCGCCCACCCACAAGCUGACCAUGUCGGAGGUAUACGACGAUCCGAAGACCGGAAAGCCCAACUUCGACGCCCUGCGCCAGCACUUUCUGCUGGAGGGGCGGAUCGAGGAGGCGGUGGCCCUGAGGAUCAUCACCGAAGGAGCCGCCCUGCUGCGCGAGGAGAAGAACAUGAUCGACGUGGAGGCACCCAUUACCGUGUGCGGGGACAUUCACGGGCAGUUCUUCGAUCUCGUAAAGCUCUUCGAGGUGGGCGGCCCGCCGGCCACCACCAGGUACCUUUUCCUAGGCGACUACGUGGACAGGGGAUACUUCAGUAUUGAGUGCGUUCUGUACCUGUGGUCCCUGAAAAUAACCUACCCCACCACACUUUCCCUGCUGCGAGGAAAUCACGAGUGCAGGCACCUCACAGAGUACUUCACCUUCAAACAGGAAUGCAUCAUCAAGUAUUCGGAAAGUAUUUACGACGCCUGCAUGGAGGCGUUCGACUGCCUGCCCCUCGCCGCGCUCCUGAACCAGCAGUUCCUCUGUAUUCACGGCGGUCUGUCGCCCGAGAUUUUCACACUCGACGACAUCAAGACGCUGAAUCGCUUCAGGGAGCCGCCGGCCUAUGGGCCCAUGUGCGACCUGCUCUGGUCCGAUCCUCUGGAGGACUUUGGCAACGAGAAGACCAACGAGUUCUUCUCGCACAACUCGGUGCGCGGGUGCUCCUACUUCUUCAGCUACUCGGCCUGCUGUGAGUUCCUGCAGAAGAACAACCUGCUGUCGAUAGUCAGGGCCCACGAGGCCCAGGAUGCGGGGUAUCGCAUGUAUCGGAAGAACCAGGUUACGGGCUUCCCCUCGCUGAUCACCAUUUUCUCCGCCCCCAAUUAUCUGGAUGUUUACAACAACAAGGCAGCUGUGCUCAAGUACGAGAACAACGUGAUGAACAUCCGCCAGUUCAACUGCUCGCCACAUCCCUACUGGCUGCCCAACUUCAUGGACGUCUUCACAUGGUCGCUGCCCUUCGUGGGCGAAAAGGUAACCGAGAUGCUGGUCAACAUCCUGAACAUUUGCUCAGACGAUGAGCUGGUGGCCGGACCCGAUGACGAGCUCGAGGAAGAGCUCCGCAAGAAAAUUGUGCUCGUGCCGGCGAACGCGAGCACUAAUAACAAUAACAAUAAUACGCCCAGUAAGCCAGCUUCCAUGUCGGCGCUGCGCAAAGAGAUAAUUCGGAAUAAGAUUCGGGCCAUUGGCAAGAUGUCGCGCGUCUUCUCCAUCCUCAGGGAGGAAUCCGAGAGCGUGCUCCAGCUGAAGGGUCUGACGCCCACGGGCGCCCUGCCAGUGGGCGCCUUGUCCGGCGGAAGGGAUUCCCUCAAGGAGGCUCUGCAAGGACUGACCGCAUCCUCGCACAUCCACUCCUUUGCGGAGGCCAAGGGCCUGGAUGCGGUCAACGAACGGAUGCCGCCGCGUCGUCCUCUUUUGAUGAGUGCCAGCAGCAGCAGCAUCAGCACGGUCACAAGGAGCAGCAGCAGCAGCAGCAACAACAACAACAACAGCAGCAACACCAGCAGCACCACGACGACAAAGGACAUCAGCAACACCAGCAGUAAUGACACCGCAACCGUAACCAAAACGAGCAGGACGACUGUGAAAUCGGCCACCACCAGUAAUGUGCGGGCAGGAUUCACCGCCAAGAAGUUCUCAUAGGGGGUGAAGCACUUGCCUGCUCAACACUGACUUCUAUCAUUUUCGUUUCGACCUUCUGUUACCCAUUUAAGUUUACACCUUGUUAGGGUAAGGUCAGACGUGGCCAUAAAUUAACGCUCGUCACAAAGUUCUGAUAACUUCGCAUAUGAGAUAGAUAAACAUGAAACUAGGACACUAGUUUGCGCCAAUUUAUUUCAGUGUCUGACCUUAGCUGUAGUUAAAAUUUUAUACAACAACUUUCUCUAAUGCUAGUCAUAAACCAACAAAUUGCAGCCUGCGAUUGCUCAGCUUUCGAUUGCAGGUGCAUACUUAUAGAAUCUCUCCGCAAAAACUCCCGGGCGAUAUUAGCAAAAAUUUAUACGUGACAUGAAAAACAGUUUAAUAAAAGGUGGCUACAAAUA